AUGGAUUUUACCUGGGUCCCACUNCCUGGUGCCGGAGAUUCUUGUGUUGGUGUUCCUGGUGCCGGAGAUCCUUGUGUUGGUGUUCCUGGUGCCGGGGAUCCUUGUGCUGGUCGUCCUCUCCGCGUCGGCGCCUACGCUGCCCACAUUCCAAACCCACGCUACCUGCGAUUGGAUACUUUCGGUGGUUACGCAGGCUCCACUAUCUUCUUGGAAGCCUGUGCUGCUUCUACUACUGCAACUGCUGUUGCAGCUUACCUUAACUUGGAUGAACCACUGUCUCUACAGGCUUCCAACUCUAUUCUACUUCACACCAGCCCCACUGCAACCGAACUAACGCUAGGGUGGAAGCUAGACAGGAAAGGAGUUUGGAAGGAAAAGGAAGGAAAAAGGAGGAAGAGAACUAGGCCUAUCUCACUCUACGCAACUGACCCACACCCUGGUGUGAAGCAACUCCACAGAUUUCCAUGA